AUGAAGGCCAUAACCCUGCUCGCCUCUGUGCUCCCUGCCGUGUCAGCAGUAGACUGGUCCCUCACAGGCUACAGCUCGAACAACUGCGACAGUGCGACUGCUGUGUACGAGAAUGGGUCGGAUGGCGUCAACUUCACCUGCUAUUCGUUCGAACAGACGGUUCACAGCGCCGACUUCGAGGGCAACAACUUCUGGUGCUUGUAUCUGUUCGCGGACGGCGAGUGCGGGCAGGAGACGAAGUACUUGGCGACGGGAGCGACGGGAUGCCAGUGUGCUGUCUUUUACAAGAGCGAGUAUCAUGCGGGGUGCCCUCACCUCACUGCAUCUCAAAUGGCUCUGCCUUGGUCACAGUCUGCUACUUUGCAACACUUCACCGAUGUUCAGUUUCAUCACAGGAUGGAGACGUCUACCUACAUAAUCCUGGCACUGCUGGCCAUUUUCCUGUUUGGCCCGGCCCUCUUCAGGGACAACUCGCCCAUCCCGGAGACGUCGGGCAACGUGCACAAGAUCACCAAGGCGGCCGAGCUCGACGCGCUGCUGAAGUCCACCAGCAACGUGGUCGUCGACUUCUACGCGGACUGGUGCCCGCCCUGCCGCUCGAUCGCGCCCAUCUUCUCCAAGCUGGCCGACAAGCACGCGCUCAAGGGCCACCUCGCCUUCGCCAAGGUCAACGUCGACCACGUCAACGACGUCGCGGGCCGCUACGGCGUCUCGGCAAUGCCGACCUUUGUUUUCUUCGAGGGCGCGAAGCCCACGCCCGUGCCGGCGAGGCUGGCGAAGCAGAGCCCUUCUGUUGUCAUGGUGGACGGGGGUGUUGAGAGGAUCCGGGGGGCUGACCCGAUGUCGCUCACGGCCGUGACGGUGGCGUUGUACGCCAAGGUCAAGGGCGCUGCUGGUGUUACCGAUGCUGCAGAUGGCGAUGAGAAGGCCGCGGAGUCCUAG